CAAGCUUCGAAAACUAUUCAGCCCAGAGCGUCUCGUCCACGACUAAGGCCAGUCCUCAGACAGAACUGAGAGACAAUUUCACGGCCACACAACAAUGAGAGCGGUUGUUGUGGCUAUGGCAUGAGCUCCGUCUGUUGGAGCUUCACUCAAUCCAUGGCAAUGUCGCUGACUGCAAGAGCUUUGAGUGGCGGGGUUGGAAUUGUGGAUAGUCGAAUCCACGCCGCUGCUCCGUCGCCUGCGUUUUCCUCUUCAUUGAUUGGCUUCUCGCCACUUCAUUAUGUCGUGGGUUGCAGACGUAAAGUGAGGAAAUUAGGCAGGGGUGUAAUAGAAGCUAGCAGUAGAGGCUUGGAGGAGAAGGAAGAGGAUGGUGCCGAGGGGCUGUCAAGGCGAGCUGUGCUCGGUGGGCUGCUGGCGGGCUACAUGUCGUUAAGUGGGACUGAAGCCUUGGAUGCGAGAGCAGAAAUACCCACGUACCGGAAAUAUGUGGACAGAUUGGAUGGGUACGCAUUCAGCUACCCCUCGGGGUGGAUUCAAGUGCGAGGAGCGGGGGCGGAUGUGUUCUUCAGGGACCCCGUCAACCUCGACGAGAAUGUUUUGGUGGAAAUGAGCUCGCCUUCCUCCUCGAAAUUCAAGAGUGUGGAGGAUUUAGGUCCUCCCGAGGAAGCCGCCAAGAAGGUUUUGCAGCAGCAGUUGACGGAGUUUAUGUCGACCCGAAUUGGUGUUCGUCGAGAGGCAAAUAUCACCGCCACCAGGUCCAGAGUUGGCGGAGACGGCAAGCUCUAUUACGAAGUCGAGGUGGUAGCUAGUUCAUAUGCCAACAACAAUCAGUUAGCUGUGAUGCCUGGAGAUCGCGUCGCAAAGCUUGAGUGGAGUCGACGCUAUCUGUCUGUAUUGGGAGUCGAGAACAGUAGGUUAUAUCAAUUGCGACUUCAGGUACCUGAGAAUGUAGCCGACUUAGAGCAGCAAGAUUUGAGAAAGAUCAUGGAAUCUUUUCAAGUUUUGAAGCUGGAGGCGUAGGGUGGUUGAUAUUGUAUAUCGGAACUUGAUAUUAAUGCGAAAGUCACUAGUUCUGAGCAAUACUACACCAUUCAGGGAGGUCUCACCUU